AUGUCGAUGGAAAUUCAACCAAACACUGAAAGUGAAAAUAUCGCUCGCUCGAUGCCGGAGAUGGGAUUUAUAAUUGCCUUUUGUGAAAAAUUCAAGCCUCUUUUUAAAGGUUUUGAGUUUUGGCCAGAAGAAUUAGAAGGUGCACUCGCUACUGAAGCUGAUAGUGAUUUGAUCGACCAAGUGCAUUGUAUCUUUCUGACAAAUUGUUUAAAUAGAACAAAGCCAGUCUCACGACAAUCAUGGAGAAAGUUAUUAUCUGAAACCAUCGAUCAAAAACUUAAAAAAAGUUAUCAAUUUUAUCGAGAUUACAAUCCACUUCGCAGAGUUAAAAAUUAUAAUGAACUUGAUAUUCGAGAUAAGGUCUUGAUUUUGAACAAUCUUGUAACAUGGCAGUUACAGGAAGGUAAAGAAGUACGCAAGUUAAUUGAACAGGAAUACAGAUCAUCAAAGCGAAAUGAGGGAAAUUCUUUGGUGGUAGAACCCUAUGGUGAAGAUCGAAAAGGACGCAAAUUUUACUAUUUUGGAUAUGGUGCAAGAGUUUAUCGAGAGACCAUAAUUCCUCAUAAAGGCAGUAAAUCUAAAAGGUACAUGUGGGAGGUUAUAUCAACAACCUUAGAAGAUCUUGAAAAUUAUAUUAAUGACCCUAAAGAGUUGAAGGCUUCCGGUGGUAAAGAUAAAGCUUUUUACAACAAAGUGAUGAAAGAACUCAUACCUGCUAUUAAACAAUCUAUUGAGGCAAAGGAGAGACGGGAAGCUCGAAAAUUACGUCAAGAAAAAUUGGCACAAAGGGUUGCUUUAUUACACGCGAAUUCCGAAGUUAUUGCUAGUCGUACUCGCAGUGGUACAAGGAGGGCGAUGGGUCUUGAACCUGACAAAAAAUCAUCAUCUACAUUAUCUUUUUCAUCUACUAAAAGUAGAUAUGACGAAGAUUAUAAUUAUUCUACAGGACCACAUAUGACGCGAGCGAGAGCUGCUCGUGAAAGUGCAAAGCGAAAAUAUAUCGAUUAUGAUGAUGAUGCCGACUCUCAAGACUCUUUAGGACAUCAAUCAACUCGAUCAACUCAAUCUAGUCUUGCAAGCAAAGUGGCAAGAAUCUCAACGAAUGAUUAUUCUCAACAAACAUCCGAUGAUCUUAGUUCACUUUCAAAUGGAAUUUCGACUGAUUUUAGAAUAGAUGGAGAUGAGGUUAUUGUUAGUUCGCAGGAAAAAGUAAGCGAACCAAUGAGUAGAUCUGUUUCAAACAUUAGUCAAGCUUCAUCCACCUCCAAAUUAUCCCGAGAAAUUUUUGGAACAGAUUCUAUAACAUCGGUGUCAGAAAAGGCAGGUGAUGAUGAUUAUAAAGAGGUUUUUGGUUCAGACGAUGGUACUGAAUUGUCUGAGCCUGAGGAAGUUUUGGGCACUUCCCGAUCAGCUCAUUUCUGGGCUGCUUCCUCUUUUCUUUUUUUUGUAUUUUCUGCUUUACUCUUUGCUAACUCAUCUGCUUCUUUUAAAGUAUUUAGAGAAUCUUUAUUAGUUAGAAGUUGGGCAAAUGGCAAAUUUGAAGAAGAUGGUGUAGAAAAAGAUGAUAUAAAAGAAGAUAGUGUAGAAAAAGAUGGUGUAGAUAAAGAUGGUAUAAAAAAAGAUAAUGUGAAAAAAGAUUAUAUAGAAAAAGAUGAU